GCCAUGGGGUAAAAUCAACUUUCACAAAAUAUUUUGGGGUAAUGAUGAAAAUAGUUUCCCGAUAGCUGUUAACGAAUUUUUUAACGUUUCGCGGGACUCGGGAAUUCCCGUUUUUGGUGACUCUGAUAGAAUGAUUUUAUUUUAUUUAUUAUCUCUUAUUUUUGCACCAUUCGAAAGCUUAGACUUUUCCCUAUCAUUUGUGCUCAAAUUUGAAAUAAUCCAUCGGGGGGUCUAGAACAUUUUUUAAAGAAUUUUCACCUUCUUAAUGGUUUAUUCAAAGGCGAAAUCAUACAAAUCACUGUUAAAACACUUGUCUCACCUUAGCGUUGUUCUAACUUAUGACAUCAUCUAAUCCAAAUUGAGAGAAAAAAGUUAUAAUGUCGCAAACACAGUGAUUAUUAUUUUAUUUAAAAAAAAUCUAAUAAAACUCAGAAAUUGUUAAAUUUUAUCUACUAAAUGUAUCUAUCUAUUUAUUUUCUUGCGGGAUUGAUUAAAUUCCAUCACUGACAAGAGUCCGCUGAACAGGUUGAAUAUUACAACGGAGUCGCACACGCGUAAGAAAAUUGAUCUUCCCCUCGUGGAGUCUAGUCAAAACGAACUCGGGAGCGUGUUUAAUGGAGUUGGAUAAGCAAUAAGUCGUCGUCGUUCAUAGGCGUCCCUCCUGGAGCAUUUCUGAUGGCCCCCAAUGCUAGAAUUAGCGUCGGUCAUUAGUAACUGCUGCCAACUGCGGAAACGCUUCAAGUCGACAGAACUAACAACAUGGUAUCACGAUUACGAUUGUGGAGACGACGGCGCUUGGAUUUAGAUUUAGACUUAGCUCCGGAGGUUUCUCCUUUCACAGUGAUGAAGUGUAACGGUAACGGUUUUAGUUCGAUUUCCGAGACCGCGUCGUUGACUUUGGUGACAAAAACCUUUCGCGGAAUUGUUUGUAAUCAGUCGGCGGCCACUCGCAGUCGUUCGUUCGGAUCUGACAGCUGCUGCAGUUGAUAGUUGCCAGUUGAACGACUUAUAAGUAUUCAAACUGUCGACGGACUCUAGCCUAGUCUCCUUUCGAAACUUUUUGGUGGUAAUUUAUAGUUUAAGUGUAAAACCGUGUGUGUGAUAAUUGUGCGUUUUCUUUUAGAACUAAGUAGUUGAAGUUAGUGUUAAAAUGGGUAAACUAAGUGUCUCCAGUAAUGACAAAAGUCGUAUAACGCGAUACUGUUCCCAUGGAAGCCACCUGCUGAACCAAACCCUACGUAAAUGUUUGAGAAAUUGUAACCUGCUGGAAGCAUCUCAAGAUCGAUCUCAAGAUGAAUAUCUUCCGGAGCUUCCCCACCUAGCAAGGCGCAUAAUCUGUUGUCAGUCAGCAGAACUCGGUAUGUUCAGAACACCACCACCACCCCGAGUAGAUCUGAUCAGUGGGGAUGGGUCACUUCCGCGGACUAUCUACCGGUUCCAGGAGGAUUUCUUGGAUGGGGAUUGUGAACAGCAGCAGCAGCAACGAGUUUGUCUUCUGGAACAUGUCGAAUCCAUCGAUGUGUGCAGAGUCGUGCAUCGAGCUGAAGGUAAUGCCAACCUGGUGCUUUCGAUACCGGAUACACGGCAGGUGUUGCGGCUAAGGAAAACAGCCAUCAAUGAACAAAUUAGUGCCGACUCGAUCGUUGAUCUCGAACGGUUCAUCAAAUACUACCGGCUGAUGAGGAUCUUCUUCUCGCAACGUUUCGUUCCGGAACCGAAACUGGCCCGGUUGGACACGUACGAUCUGGAAGAGUUCAACAGGCAGCUCGUCAAAUUCCGCCCCGCGAGCCGGCUAAAGAAAGAAAUCAAACAACACGAGGGCAUCCUGUAUCCGGAUGUGGCUUUUUUACCUGCUGAACUGAACCAGGAGGGCAGGAUGCAAUACCCGUCUUCGCUGCAAUAUUAUGAACAGCAUGAUCGAACACAUACGUUUCCAACAUAUUGUGUGGAAAUCAAGCCGAAACAGGGAUGGUCUUUCAGCGAGCAAUUCUUCGAGGACAACUUCAUCCAGCUAGAGUCACUUCUUCCCGCAGAUUUAGGAACGGCACCCGGAAAAUGUCGGUUCUGUUUGUAUCAGUAUUUAAAGCUCAGAAAAAAGUCCAUUCCCAAAGUGAGCAAGUAUUGUCCAUUGGAUUUGUUUUCCGGCAAGCCCAUCCGCAUGCUGCACGCCAUCAAGGGUCUCAUCGGUGCGCCGCAGAACAAUUUCAGGCUGUCCAAAAAUGGGCGCAUCGUGUACGACGAAUCCCGGGAGAAAUCGGUCUUUAAUCGGAUUCUGAAGGAGAUUUUCCAACGGGAUGGACGCAGUAAGGAAGAACGGAAAACUAUUUUCAUGAAUCUGAUAAAGGAAAUUCUGCUGAAGGAUUUCUCCACCCAAAGUGAGCCGGACGAUCGAAAGCUGCUAGCAAUACGAAAGAAUCGAAAAAAGAAGGACAAAAAUCUAAUCCAUAACCGCACGUGUACUCCCAUAAACGAUUGUUUUCUUCCGAAAAAUUGUGUUCUUAAACAAAUACUAGACGUUCAACUAUUUGUGAAGUCAUGCCUAGCCGAUUCCAACAAAUGUCAAAACCAAAAAGACAUGUGUUUUCCGAUCCAGGCUGAGUCGCUAAGCUAUGUGGAUGAGCUGCAUGAGAAGUAUUUGGACUAUAUCGAUCAAAUCCGUUGCUCAAGUAUGGAAGACGAUGAUGACGGCGACGAUGGAAGAAGCUGCAUGAUUUCAAAUCCCGGCAAAGAAGCAGGAAGGUGUUCCAGUAAUUUUACCGACUUCUACCUGAGCUCAGGUGAAAAAUAUCAGCUAGGGGCUACGGCAAUGGACUGUUCGAUUAUGAUAACCUUCCGAAGGUUGUCCGAACGGGAGGAAGAAAGAUUGCCUCCAAGUGCUCGAUCGCACAUCGUCAGCCUCGAGUCGAUGAGAUUCCUGGUGAACGUGACCAUCACCGAUCUCGAUGCCAAAUCGCCGAACCACCACAAGAAGUACGUGGACCAGCUGCGGGAUUCCGUCGGUGCGUACCGGGACUUUAUGAUUCGUCUUAGACGAUGAAUAUCGAUAGACAGAAAAACACCAUGGAACCGGAAAAAAACAUGUAUUUUAAUAGGUAGAGUAAUUAAUAGGUAUUACUAAUAUUUAUUCUAGUGAUCUAAUAGGAGCUUUUAUCGGUAUCGGGAGGAAUAAAUGUAACAUAAAAUUCGAUUUAAGGUUUUGCCUUAAGUUUUUUUCAAACUAUUUUCUUGUUUUUCAUGUCCUAAUCUAACAUCAUGCAUCGAUCAAAAAUACUAGGUUUUGAAUUAGUUUCACAAUUUGUGCCAAUUGAUUCGCUGGUUCUUUGUUUUUUUUUUUCAUAAAUUUUAUCAGUAAUAAACGUAAUAGUCUAUAUGCUUUAAGUGAAAUUGUUCUCGAUACCGUUAAAUAUUUUAAUCGUAUUUAUGUCAAAUAAUCCGGGAAAUGCGAACCAUUUUAGCAAGAGAACCUAGAGAAAAGGUGUGAGGAGUAUUUAUAAUAUUUAUUAACGUAUUUGUGUAGUUAUGAGCAUAAAAAAGAACUGAGUGUUAUGUUAGGUCGAAUGCUGGAUAGACAAAAAAUCAUACUUGACGAGGUUAAAAUAGCUUACACCAACUAAAGAAAUUUUAGAUAAAGAGAUUAAAUAAUAAAGUUUCGAAAAAAAAUUAAAACAAGAACAAGAAGGUCCUGAAUUUAUGGAAAAACAGAAAUAAAUUGUUAUCGACUCUAUUCAAUAUAUAGAAGUGA